AUGGAUGCCCUCAAUGGUGCUGCUGAAACUGAAGAUCCUAAACAAGCAUCUACUGUUCCCCCUGGUCCAGACCUGGGGACAAAUGAAACCGAUCCAGUCGCAGAUGUUGGAACUCAAGUAAGUUCCCAGCAUGCUGUAACACCCCCAGCAACCUCUCUCUUUAACAAUGAGGCAGGUGGAGUGGAAAAUAACAUUAACCUUCAAGAGCUGAAGCCCACUUCUACUGGCCGUAAACAACCAGUUAGUUCAGAAGUAUUUACCAACACAAACACUGAGAACACUUUUUCAGUAACAAUUGAUCCUAGAGGAGAGGAGGAAAACAAUACCAUCUUAAUCCCAUUACUUGGUGCUAAUGAAAGCAUUGUAUUUGAUGAUCACUUUACUUCUUUCUCCAUUAAUACACCAAAGGAAAACAGUAGUGCAGCAGGAAAACAGUGCUUCUGUGACAGUCCUGUGCCUGAAGGACAAAAGGGAGAACGGGGUGAAAAAGGGGAUCCAGGUAACCCAGGGAAAAAAGGAGUACGAGGGCCCUUGGGAGAAACUGGACAACAAGGACUAAAGGGAGAAAAGGGUAAUCAAGGAUCCAAAGGUGAUCUAGGUAAACCAGGGCCUCCUGGUCAGAAAGGAGAACAAGGUUGGUCUUCUUCCUGUCCAAACAGCAAUAAAGGUGAUGCUGGAUGCACUGGUUCUAGAGGUCCUCAAGGACUUAAAGGAGAUAAAGGAGAGUGUGGAAAAUUGGGUCCAAAAGGUGAUGUUGGACCGAGUGGGAGUCCUGGAGAAAAAGGGCAUGGAGGAGAAAGAGGGCAAACAGGUAAGAGGGGGCCAAAGGGGUAUGCAGGGCCACCAGGAGUCCAGGGGGCUCCAGGUCUUAAAGGACAUCCUGGGGUUCAUGGAAAAACGGGUCAUCCUGGAAAACAUGGGCCAUCUGGACUUCCAGGACGAAAAGGAGAAAAAGGACAGAAGGGAGAUUGCAAAGAAAGUGACAUCACAGCUUUCUCUGUUGGUCUUCAAAAAAGAAAUAGCUUCCCACCACCAGGGUCUCCAGUGAGAUUUGAUAAAAUUUUCCUUAAUGAAAAUGAAGCAUAUAAUGUGGAGUCAGGUGUGUUUGUAGCCAGCACUGGAGGUAUCUACUCUUUCAGUUACCACAUGAGUGUUUCCAGCAAAUCACUGAGGGGUGCACUUUUCCACAAUGGUAAAAUAAUUCUACAAAUGUCCAGUGUAAGACCUGUCAAACAAGCUGCAUAUAAUGUGUGUCAGGUUUCUGGAUCUAUAUUUAUUCAUCUUAAUGAAGAUGAUAAAGUUUGGCUCCAGAUUUUGAAUGCAUCUCAAAAUGGCCUGAUAGCUGAUGAAACCACUGAUUCUGUAUUUUCAGGUUUUCUGGAACUGGGAUUCUAUGACAGGUGCCGAAUGUUGUCAGAGUUGGCAACACUGGUAGCCAUGGUCACACUUAGAGGACCUGGUUCUGUACUGCAUUACGCCAGCUUUAUGCCACUUGACAUCUGGUGGGGAGUUGCUACUGCUACAAAAAUGUGGCGUUUACCUUGGCACAGCGCCACCUUCAUUAUACUUAUUGCUGCCACUGUACGCACAGAGGCGAAAGCUACCCUGGCUGAAAAGUUUACUCAGAUAAAGGCUCCAGAGAUGGAGGUCACUGAUGGCUUUGAUACAUCCAUUGUGCCACCCUCUGAAGAAAGUCCGUUCACAGAAAUAUCGGAAACAAGCGAAAUGCCAGUGGAGUUAUCCUCGCUGAACCCGGCCUUCAGAACGGCCACCACUCUGUUUCCUUUUGAAAAUUUUACUCUUGACACAGCUGAUUUCUUUUUUAAUUGCUGUGAUUGCUGUACCCCUGUGCCAGGUGAGAAAGGGGAACCAGGAGAGCAUGGACUGCCAGGUCCUAAAGGAGAGAUGGGAGAUGCUGGCCCUCAGGGCCUACCAGGAAUUCCUGGACUUCAAGGCCCAAAGGGCUUCAAAGGAGACAAGGGAGAUAAAGGAGAACAUGGUGACCAAGGAACAAAUGGAAUUCCAGGGUAUCCGGGUAAACCUGGAGAACAAGGUGAAGCUGGAGUUAAAGGAGACAAAGGAAACUCUGGCCUUCCUGGAAUGAAGGGACAGAAGGGUGUGAAGGGGGACACUUGUGAGAAUGGGACCAAAGGAGAGAAGGGAGACAAAGGAGAGCUGGGCUUACAGGGGCUAGAUGGGGAAAAUGGAGAUAAAGGGGAAAAGGGAGACCUGGGGGAAAAGGGGCAUUGUGGGGAGCCAGGGGAGAGAGGAGAGAGGGGGGAAAAAGGGGAAGGUGGAAUAAAAGGGGAAAAAGGCAGCAAAGGAGACACUGGAGUUGAGGGUAUUCCUGGGAUGAAUGGAAAACAGGGAGAAAAGGGUGAGCCAGGCAGUAAGGGUGAAAAAGGGGACUUGGGACCAGCUGGUGUGAUGGGACCUCUUGGGCCCAAGGGAAAUCCUGGUAGUAAAGGGCCCCGAGGAGCUAGUGGAAAGAAAGGCUCCAGAGGUAUCAAAGGCUCCAAGGGUGAUAACUCAAACGUCCGAAGAUCAGCUUUCAGUGCUGGCUUGUCAAAACCUUUCCCUCCACCAAAUAUCCCUAUUAAAUUUGACAAGAUUUUGUACAAUGAUCAGGAAGAUUAUAACCCUUCUACAGGCAAAUUCAAUUGCAGCAUUCCUGGAGCGUAUGUCUUUGCUUAUCACAUGACAAUCAGAGGGCGGCCUGCUCGAAUCAGCAUUGUGGCACAAAACAAGAAGAUAGUCAAAACCCGUGAAACACUUUAUGGGCAAGAGAUAGACCAGGCAUCUUUCCUGAUCAUUUUGAAAUUAAAUGCAGGGGAUCAGGUUUGGUUGGAGGUUGGACGGGAUUGGAAUGGGAUCUAUGUCAGUGCUGAAGAUGACAGCAUAUUUACAGGGUUUCUUUUGUAUCCAGAUGAUAUUUUUGAGACCCUAGCAUAAGUAUAUGGUAAUAAACACACUACUAAGAAACGAAACAUUUAUUUCACUCUGAUUGUCAGUAGGGGGUGGAGGGAGAAGGGUGAAGGAGAAAGAAAGUGUCACUUUAGUGAAAUAGAUGUCAUAAUCGUUCUAUACAAAUAUUUAUAUUUGUAAUAAACUGAUUAAUUUUAACUAAAGAGCCCCAAAAGAUGCAACCACCCUCUGUGAUGAUGCCUAAUUUUCAUGAUCAUAUAAGGAAAUAUUACAGAAAUGCAUUCAGGAAGAUAUAGAUCCCAAAGAGAUUUUAUUUACACUUCAGACGCAGGCUAGAUCAUCAAAUCGUUAAAAUUACACAGAGAAAGUCAAUAUAUUAGUUUAAUUCAGAUAAGGCCAAAUCUUGCAAUAAUUACAAGUCAAAAUGUCCAUGGGAGUCAGUGUCGAAUUUAGUUGGAGUUUCAAAUUUUAGCUAACGAUUGUAGGAUUUGACUCAGAGAUUAAUCAGAUACAAUUGCAAGUACUAGGUUUCUUCAAAUCAUGUUCAUAGAUUUAAAAACGUCUGCUGUCAAACCAGUAUUAUGUGUUACUUUAUAUGUGGUAAUGCAUGGAAUAAAAGGUUGAUUUAGAGAUUGUAUUAUAAUCACUC